GCUUGAUAACCACAGUCAGUAAAAAUGUUACUUUACAUGUGAAGUCACUGCAUUGAAUUACUUUAGUUUAAAAACUGCUGAUACCUGCAGCAUUUUCCCCUUGAUGGAGUAGUCGAGGGUUUUAUAUCUGAAUUGAAACUUACCCCUUCGUCUGCAGGAAGUACAGCAGGGUGAAUCUGACAUGUGUCACUGAAAGUCACCGACAGGGUGUUUAGCUUCAGCUGGUGGACAUUUCUGUAGAGAAAAUAUUAUUUUGUGUCUAAACGAACAAAAAACUGUAAAGUUCCUUAUUUAUAAAACAUAUGCCACUAUGCAUACAAGCAGCUCAUGACUCAUGACUCCAUGUAUCCAGUCUCGGUGUGAAUAAACACAUGGCAUCUUUAGUGUAUUAACAGUAUUGGGAUAUAUUUUCAACAUGAUACGAAGCUGUUUCCAAGCCGUGAGGACGUUUAUCUCACAUUUCCCUGUUACACUGUGUCCUGAUGCUGUCUCUCAUGGGGCUCUGAUUAAAAGCACGAGGCUCCAGUGCUCGGGACACCGGAGUGCCCGAGGCCUGUCGCAGAUGUCGCUAUGGCCCUUGAGUGCGAAUCCGCGGGACUUCAGCCUCCCCAACGCAUCCUGGAGUGCAGAGAUGCAGCAGGUUUAUGAUCAUUAUAAUGCACUUUGUGAGGUUAAGACAAAAGACAGUGAGGAGAAGGGGCCUUGGUACAAGCUUCCAAGUUACAACCGCUCUCUCAAACAUGCUGCCGGUGGAGUGUACCUGAGUAAAAUCAUCCAGUCUAAAUCUAGACUCUUCACAAGGAGCAAUAAAGAGUAUGGGGCAGCGUUCGAGUACGUGAUUUUUAUGAACAAGCAGGAGAAGAAAUGUGUGUGUGCGUUUCAGUCUGGGCAUCUACUGGAGGGACCUCCUGGACAUGUACACGGUGGAGCAAUUGCCACGAUGAUGGAUACAGUGACAGGUACUCUCGCUGGUUACCUGGCUGGGCCUGUUAUGACUGCCAACCUCAAUAUCAACUAUCGCAGUCCAGUACCACUGGGUAGUGUAGUUUUGCUUCACAGUGCUCUGGAUCGGAUUGAGGGCAAAAAAAUCUUUGUAAACGGCAGAGUGACCAGUACUGAUGAAUCCAAAUUACACACCGAGGCUACAGCGCUAUUCAUAUCAGUGAAUGUGGGCCAUGUGUUUGGAAUAUAAUCCUUCAAGCAGUGUACAAGCCAGUGUGUGUGAGUGCGUGAGUGAGUGCAUGCGUGAGUGAGUGCAUGUGUGAGUGAGCGAGUGUGUGUGAGUGUACGAGUGUGUGAGCGAGCGUAAACAAAUGUUUGUUUUUUGUAUUAGAUUCACCAGACUUCCUUUGACAUGACAUGGUAAAUAUCUACUGUAUUAUCUGCUCUACUUCUUUUUUAGCAUUUAGCAUUUGUUUUUAGUAGAUGCCAUAUAUAGGUAACAAUAAUUGACUUGAUGUAUUAUUAUAAAAUGUUCACUAAUAACCAUUUGUUAAAAUAGCUUGCAAUUCAUAUUGUAUUAGUGGGUACAUGCAAUUAUUUAAAU